AUGAAGAUUGUUAGUUGGAAUGUGAGGGGUUUGGGAUCCCGAAAGAAAAGGGGGAUCAUUAGGGGUUUUUUGAGGACACAUCAACCUGACAUAGUCAUUUUUCAAGAAACUAAAGUAGAGGCUUGUGGUAAGACUUUUAUUAAAAGUAUUUGGGGAACUAGACAUAAAAGGUGGGCUUUUGUACCGUCAGUGGGAAGGUCAGGAGGUAUUUUAAGUAUCUGGGAUAAGAGGGUUGUGUCAGAGUGUGAAUCAGUAGUCGGGGAGUUUUCACUAUCAAUUAGGUUUAGGAAUCUAGAUCUCUGUGAGUGGUGGCUGUCGGGGGUAUAUGGUCCAAAUGGCCCUUCUAGGAGAAAGGAUUGGUGGGAUGAGUUAUUUGGUUUAUUUGGGUUAUGCUCUCCUAAUUGGUGUUUAGGGGGGGAUUUUAAUGUGGUUAGGAAGGUUUCGGAAAAGCUUAAUGUGAACAGAAUCAAUAGGAGUAUGAGAGAUUUUGAUGGUUUUAUUAGAGGGUGCGAGUUGGUUGACCCUCUAUUUAAUGCUAGGUUCACAUGGUUUAAUUUAAGGGAAAGGCGGUGGUGUUUGAGAGUUGUCCUUUUAGGUGGGGUCCGGCUCCAUUUAGAUUUGAGAGUAUGUGGUUGGAACAUCAUUCAUUUAAAGAGGCCUUUGAGGCAGGAGGCAUUACCAAGAUUGGUAUCUGAUCACUGUCUAGUGAUGUUUGAGAGUUGUCCUUUUAGGUGGGGUCCGACUCCAUUUAGAUUUGAGAGUAUGCGGUUGGAACAUCAUUCAUUUAAAAAGGCCUUUGAGGAGUGGUGGAAUUCUGCUACUUGUCAGGGAUGGGAGGGUUAUAGAUUCAUGAGAAAGUUGAAAGUGAUUAAAAAGAAUGUGAAACAGUGGAAUAGGGAGGUUUUCGGGAACUUGGAAUCAACUAAAUGUCAGGUUUUGUGCAGGAUUGAGGAGAUAGAUACUUUGGAGAUGCAAGGGAGUGAGAUUGAGGCCUUGAGGGGAGAAAUGAGGGAGUUAGGUUUGAAAUUGGAAGAGUUGAAUCUUAGGGAGCAGAUUUUUUGGGCACAAAAAGCAAAGGUGAAAUGGCUAAAAGAAGGGGAUGUUAGUUCAAAAAAUUUCCAUAGAAUUGCGGAUGGGAAAAGGAAGAAGAAAUUCAUUAAGCGAUUGGAAGUAAGGCCAGAGCGACCUUUUGAGGAAAACGAGAUUAGGGAAGCAGUUUUUGAGUGUGAAAGGGAUAAGGCUCCGGGUCCAAAUGGAGUUUCCAUGGUGGUUUUUUCAAGACUGCUGGGAGGUGGUGAAGGGGGAUUUGGUAAGAGUUUUCAUGGAGUUUUACGAGACAGGGGUGGUUAA